AUGAAAACUAAAGGUGAGUAAACAAAGGGAAACGCAAAAUAAUAACCUUAAAAAUAAAGUAAUACAUAUAAGGAAGUUCAAUGUUAUUAUCAUCCAAAUGAAAAACUUAAAUAUUUCUGCAAAAAACCUGAUUGCCUCUAGCCAUUAUGCAAAAUUUGCUUAGAUAUUCAUAUAGAGGAGUAACAUCAGGAAAAAAAUGAUACUAAAGGAGUGGUUUCAUUUGAGAAAUGCUUGGCUGAAGUUUCCAAGAAAAUGUCAGAUGAUUUAGAAUAUUUUUUAGAUAAAAUUGGAUAAUUGCAUAAUCAUAUUGACAGAAUCAUUAAUUUUUAAUUUCCAUAGAAUUGGAUGAAUUUAAUCCAGUCUUCAGAGACAUAAAUUAUUGAUUUAAUAAGAAGCUAUUUUAGCAAUCUGAAAUAGUAUUUAUUUUCAACUUCUCCUGAAGUUAAUAAACUAUAUUCUGCUUAGGAUCGAUUGAUGGUAUGUUCCAAAAGAGUUGAUCAACUUAGAUCCGAAUUAGAAAAUCUCAAGAAUGAAAACUCAAUCACUUAAUUGAUUUUGUUUUAUUAAGGAGAUGUAGAAAAGCUAAAUAAUAAGUAUUUACAAUAUCUUGAACAAAUCUUUGAUGAGCUAAAAUAAAUAAAUUUUCAAACCAUAAAUGCACCCAAGAUAUUAAUUAAUCAUAAUAAAUUAAGCGAUCUAAUGGGGUUGUUGAAUUAAUAUAUCAAUUAUGAAUAAGAAGAAUAAGAAUAAGAAAAUGAGGAGGAACCACAAAUUGAUUAUGAAGAGUAAGGAGAGAGAAUGACUUAAAAUGAGUAAUCAGAAAGGGAAGAGGAAUAACCUAUUGAUAUUAUUAUGGCAUAAGAAUAAUUGUCAGAGAAAAAUGAAUAUGGUUUAUAAUCUAAUGAUGAGGAUUUAGAAUAUUGA